UCUCUCAGUCAGACCGACCGACCAACCUCACCAACAACACACUGCCGCCAGAGGUUAAAUUGCCCUGCCACCAUCGCCAUACCCACUCCAGACGAGACCCAGGUGCAAUUCAACAUCCACCCGCGGACCCUGAUGCUUGGUGCUGUCUGUCUUUUUCGACCGUGGCGGUGCCUGUCUUCCAGACUCUUCGGAGAACAGGAAGAAAUUUCUUCGCCCGACGUUCGAGAACAGAGCGAGAUGCAGGGCGGGCGCACCGAUACUCGGCGCAGCAGAAACACAGCAUGGUUAUGUAUUGCGUCGUGUGUGUGUGUGAAUGAAUGUUCCCAACAUUAUCUGGAAUCGAUCGAUGCAAGAAACCAAAGGAACCGCAGAGUAUCCAGAAUCCUGACGGCGCAAGUCAUACCGCAACCGGUCUGGUGCCAUCAAAAUGGAUGGAAUGUGCAGCGUUUUCCGUGUCCGUUUUGCAGGCCGGCCUAA